AAAACCCAUUCUGAGGAUAACUCUUUCAGCAAUGCUCAUCUCACCGAGGACACCUAGAGCGAGGACGCUCUCGACAAUACUCAUCUCACGAAGGACACUCAGAGCGAGGUCCCUCUCAGCGAUACUCAUCUCGACAAUGAAUAUCGCGGCCGCAAGGAUGGUAUUUGCCCGCAAGGUUUCAUUAGACCUGAGAUGAUGCAAGCACGAGAGGAAGGUGAAGAGCAGACUGAGCAAGUCUCACCUUCGCCGUCGAUUUCGCCUUCAUCUUUGCCUUCGCCUUCGACUUCGCCGUUGACAUCGACUUCGCCUUCGCCCUUAACCUCGAUUUCGAAGACCAGCUCUCAAAAGACGGGUCAGAAAAGACGAAAUGAAAAUGAUUCCGCGGGAAGCAAAAAGCCAAAAAUCGGCGGGCAAACCAUCUACCAUAUGCCUCGUCUCCACGGUGUUAAUCAUAAUCAACUUGAAGAAACCCUUGCCGCAUUAUUAGUCGCUCAUCCCGCGAAAAAUACUAAUCAGUCUGAUCUCGUCCGAAUCUUCUAUGCUAUCGCUAGCCCGGAUGCUCUAUAUCAACUGAAAGACGUAUGCAUUGCUGCGAGAAGACAGAAUCGUGCUCUUCCUCGGGACACUACGUCCAUCGCUCACACAAUUCAAGCCUUGGAUGGUUGCGACACGCUCAUUUCCUCUCAAUCUAUACUGCGCCGGUACUAUCUAUCUCGGCUUGCAAGUCAUCGAAACAAACUACUAGACCAACACGACGGCAAGCUCGGGUCGACUCGUUCCUCCACACGCAAAAAUGUUAAAAAAUAUUCCGAUCGGUGUGAAACAAUUGUUUUAGAGAAAAUUGUUGCUGAAGGCUAUCCUCUGGUGUCAAAGAAGUCCAACUCAUACACAAGAAAAAAGAGCUCCUUACAGUUUAAGCUGAAAUGCGGGCGGAGAUGGCUUGAAAUAGAGGAGAACUUUGGCGCUGGUAUCUUUCCUCUUAUACCUAUUGGUGGGCAUUAUCAUAUAACACAAAAUGAGUAAUAUUGAAAAAAUACCAACCGGUCUGUUCUCCGCUUUUCUCCAAGUUCUAGACCAGUUGCGCGGAGAUUUCCUUCGGCAGAUUAGCGAAUCUGUUGCUCCAAACAUCUACCGUAUUUCUCAAUCAUGAGAUGUGUGAACACGUGUAUAGAUUUGAGAGGAUGAUGG